AUGCCCGGAGGUAAGAUCACAUUCCAACCAUAAAGUAUAUUAUGUGCUGAAACAUUGCAGUCUUGCACUUGUGUCAGGAAAAUUUAUCUUGCUUCUUAAAAGUAAAAAUGUUGUUCACAUAAUAUGCUCGGCUCACCUAACUUGUACGUGUGAGCGACGAAUGAACUUUUAAGCGUGUAUCAGUAGUUGAACAUAAUGGCCAUGACAAAAACGGGGACAUAUGUUUCGAAAAAAAUGAUCACCCUGGGAUUUUCCCUUCUUUGCAUCGCCUGCAGCUGGAAAAACAGCGAUGGAAACUGUACAUUUCACAACUUUUGUCGAGCGCGCUGAGAUUGGGAUAAUCUAACCAACGGAAUUUUCCCUUGCCACAAGUUACAAGGCGUGAUCACUGACGUCAGUGAGUGAAUCCGUGUUAUUUUAAACAUAACGCAUCGAAGUACGUAUGCCCAAGGUCUUGAGUACCGGUACUGAAGACAGAGUGCACAGUUUUUCGCGACCUUAGCUUAUGAAUAACAGUUUUUUUUCUUUUAAACUCAACGAAAUAUUUUCCAAAAGAACCCUAAUGAUUUAGGGCUGUAAUUACGGCAAGAUCCUCCAUGAACUGAACAAUUUUUGAACGAGUAAAUGGUAGUUGAAACAGACUGAGGUAAUGCAAAUUAAAUAGAGGCUUUACCGAAAUAUUUUUAUUUGUGUAAUGGAAAAGGUGAUUUAAGAGGCUUCCAAACAAACUUUGAAACUUUUUUUUAACAAUUAUCUGUCACAACCUGACACCUGUAAAGUAGAGAGCGUGUAAGAAACAAAAGUGCAUGCACGCUUUAAAAAAAAGAAAACAACAACAACAUCAACGGCACUGGUUUGGCAAACAAACUUAAGUUCAAUGUCUGUCAUGGGAAUUUUUUCUUUAAAAACAGUCAAUGAUCUUACAGAAAGUAUUACUCACUUCCAUCAACUAUUGGUGAACGAAGUAUAGCUCUGUUCAGUCGGUAAAUGGAAAGUAAUUGUAUGUAAAUUUAAAUCGGUUUCGAGAUUGAGGGUGUUUGCUCGUUUACUUGGUGCAAUCGCGUGUGUAAAUCUGGUCUUUUGUCAAAAGUAGAAUUUUAAUGCCGCUUUUUCUCGUUGAAUUCCUUCAUUUUCUGUUGUGAAGUUUACGGUACAAAUGUCCAUAUUGAGCGGACAUGCAAAGACUUACCGAAAGCGUAUUUAAAGUAUAGAACUGAAGAUAUCGCUCACUAUUUUUUAAUGAACAAACUGUUUGAACGAUUUCAGAUAUAAAAUGAAUGAAAACCCCAUCAAUUAAUUCAAUUUUAAACAAAUACGUUAUGUUCUAACUUCCUGAGUUACUUCUAGUGAAGGUCUAGGUUAAAUAUAAACGGUUUUUAUGCCGUGUGUCAACCCAUUUAAUGGCAUAUUUGCUACCAAAAAUCAUUUCAAAACCAUUAUUUUUGUCGGCAGCCACAGUGACUUGAGAAAGAGAAGGAGAGGAUUAAUAAGUAACUAAUCAGCUUGAUUUGAUUCAAAGUGAUUAACGUAAAAAUACUUCUCAGCUGGCAAAGCGAAAUAUAUUUAUGAAAAAAGGCAACGUAGCUAAGGUUGUAGCUAGCGACUCGAGCAAGCGUUGCCGUGCCGCUGAGCAGAGAUAAGAAAAUCCAGACCGCAUUAAGAACCACAAAGAUUGCAGGACUCGUUACCGUGCCCUCUUAGAAAAACAAAUAAUAAAUACAGCUCUUUUGGGAGAAGUUUUCGGGAAAAAGCGUGUCAGAAGUGCAAGCGAUAACCUUGACAGGUAUUGUGGGUGGCUUUCAGGUCAUGGUCAGACGACCUCAUGAUUUCAGGGAAAUCUGAGCAAAUGUCAUUUCAAGGACGAGUCAUCACGGGUUUGAACCUGUUUUUAAUACGACUGACUUUAAAUUCCAAACUGCAUGAAAAACGGAAAAAAAAGUACAAGCAAACCCUAAUUAAUUUAUCUUUACUUACUUUACAUGUCAAUGUUGAUUACCGCCACCUAGAUAAUCUUUUGAUUUUGUCGCAUGUACUUUAAAUUGUUGUUUUUGUUUUUUCCACAACCUUUCCCAUAACAACUGUAUGCGGUGAACUGCGUAUCUCCAGUUGCACAUUUACAAGAACUUACAUUAAUUUUACGUUUUUAAGUCUGUUCAGAUGGGGGAGGAAGAAUAGGGGGCGGGGUGAGGGUGGUGUCAGCUCAACAAGGAAAUAAUUAACUUCUAAAAACUCGACUACCAAAAUUACAUGAACUCACAGAUAAUCUUAGCUGAUGUGAAGUUAACUAAUUCAGAAAAGCAGGUUAGAGAUGGCGGACGCCGUAAGGAAGAAAGAUGUAUAGUAUUAAUUGACAAUGAUCAAACAUAAACUGGUGGUGUUAAAAAUUAUAUGAAAAAUAUUGUGAUUGCGAUUUUAAUCUUUUUAUGUCAUCAUCAUUAUUAUUAUUUAUUACUUUGAUUAUCAUUAUGAUAAUUAGUAUUUUUUGCUUUUAUUUUUAUCAUUUUGUAGAAUGCCUAAAUAUAACUUUUAAAAACUCUUGGUACAUAAUUUCGGUGCACAAACGGUGGUUCCUUGACUGGCGCUGGGCCAGAGAAGCCUGCCAAAACCAAGGAUGGGACCUAGUUUCCAUUGAAACCGAAGACGAAUGGAAUUUCAUCAAUGACCAGAUUCAAAGGCGAAAUACUACGCGCUAUGAAAAUAAGUGGAGUAUUGGUUGA